ACAAGAAGAGAUUUAUCACCUCAGCUUUGUUAUGAGAUAGUUGCUCGGUUAGCUAGCUGUUAGCUCUGCACUGCUGGUGUUUCUGGGAAGAGUCCUUCAUAUUUGUGGAGCAUCCGUGGAAACAGACUUAAAGUAGGAAUCCUAACAGACGCUGAUAUGUUGACCAGGAUAGCCCUGAGCAGAGGCGUUACCACCCACCGCCUGACUAAAAAUGUCACUUUGUACAUGAAUGACUUAACUUCUCCAGCCUCAGGAUGUCAGGCCCAGGAGUCUGGAGAUCAUAAACCCCUCAUGUUGAUGUUACCGUGGUUGGGUUCCCGUCCUCAAGCUGUGGCCAAGUAUUGCGAAAUCUACUUUCGCACCGGCUUUGACGUGCUUGUAGUGGAGAGUGAGGUCAGAGAGUUCCUGUGGCCUCGCUGGGGUCUGGAUCGUGGAAGGACAUUGCUGGAGUUGCUUCACAGUGAUCGCUUUGUGUCCCGCCCACUCCUUGUCCAUGCCUUUUCUAUUGGGAGCUACACAUUUGCUCAGCUGCUGAUGCAUAUAUCCCAGGACAGACAAAAAUAUCAGGCGCUCACAGAGAGGAUCAAAGGCCAAAUCUAUGACAGCGUGGUGGCCGGCUCUCUGGAUAACAUGACUACAGGUCUUGGUAAGACAGUAUUUCCUCGUUGGGAGAGACUAGUGAAACAAAUAAGCACAUUAUACUUUGCCAUUUUUAAGCGCCAGACAGUGGACUACUUCAAUAUGGGCAUUGAUACAUUUAAUAACAAUCCCAUCACUGCUCCUGCACUGUUCUUCUUCUGCGAAAAUGAUGUGAUGAGCGACACAAAAACUGUGGAGGAAUUAAUUGAUUACUGGCGAAAGCAUGGGAUAGAUGUCAUGGCGAAGAAGUGGGAGAAUUCCACACAUGCAGGUCAUCUAAGGAGACAUCCACAGGAGUAUCUCAGCACCCUGGAGAUGUUCUUCCACUCACUCCACAUUGGCCCACUGAAGGCGAAAAUGUAAGACAGUUUCCUUAAAGGCUAAUGGGCAAAUUAUCUUCACUUUACUUGUUUUCUGUGUUUGAACCUCAAAUGUUUGUUACCUUAUGACGUGUAACUGGAUGCAGCUAGAGUAACGAUACAGUCAGCUUGCAGUUGGGUUUAGUUUUAUUCUGAAAACAAGGCUUGAGGAUGACAUACUCUGGAUGCAUUUAUUUUAUUAUUAUGUAUGUAUGUAUGUAUUAUUAGUAUAUUAUAAUAUUUGAUAACCUGGCAAUUGAAAUGUGAAUUUAAAUGAGACUCUGUUUAUAUUUAAAAAAAAAUAAAUAAAUCAGUUUUUUAAACUGAAUGAGAGUGACAUCUGGUGGUUUGCACAUUAUAUAGCAGACCUUCAAAACUGAAGCCACAGUACCUGAGAUUCAGUCUCAUAUAUGAAAAACAUGUCCAUGAAUACUGCAGGCUUUUUAAUAAAUAACUUUUUUUUUUAAGUAUUCAAGUAUUGUUUGUAAGUGCUGCAGUAAAUGACAUGAAAAUUCCCCACAGUGAUGUGCUCACAUAUUCUGUUGUCCGACCAAUAGUAUAAAAUUCAAAGAUAUUCUGUUUUUAUUCAUGUAUCCCCCCAAAAAAGCAUCAAAUAUUCACACUUGAGUUGCUGGAACUAGCAUGAUUUGGCAUUUUCCUCAUUUCUUAAUUAGCUGUCAAAAUAGUUCUGUUGACCAAUUUCUUGGUACACAAGACUGUGAAUCUCAAACCUAAAUGUGAUUGACUCUUAAAAGAAAAAGGUACACAUGUGAUUCUAUUAUUGUUUAUGAAAACAGUGUGCCAAACAUCUACAUAAACAUGUGAAACAAGAGCACAUAUCCAAACUAUGCCGGGCUUGUUCUCCAAACACUGAAGUUGACCGUAAAACCCAGUUUACUGUGUUGAAAGCUGUCUUGAAGUUACAUUUUCCCAUGUGCAACUGCUUUUAGACACAUGAACAGAGGGCUACAAGCACAGAAGCCAUUUUAUUCAUGUAGCACAUUUUUAUUACAGGUUUACUCCAUCAGCUUUACUAUGAAGUGCGUACAGCAUCAAGCAACUUGAGAAUGUUACACGAGUACGGCAAAUGGACUAACUUGUUUGGGUUCUAAAAGACUGAAAAUAAUAUUUUAAAUUCCUAUUGCACUUAGAAAUGUACAUACAUAAAUACAAAGAGUGUUGUUGUCUAAUCAAAAACAUGAAUCCUCAAAGUAAAAUGUCCAGAAUUUGAAAUGGAGAUGGUCAUGUUUUUAUGUUUUGUAUAGCAACAAUGACUUGAAUCUUUGUGGUUAAUUCAAUUCAAUUUCAAUUUAAUUUUAUUUAUAUUGCGCUGAUUACAAUUCAGAUUGUCUCAAGACAGUUUACAGAAUCCAUUUGCCUUAACCCCCAGAGCAAGCCCUAAGGCAACAGUGGCAAUCCUAUUUUUUCUCAGGAAAUAAAGUUAAACAAUUUCUAUUUUGAGUCAGUUGAAUAUCAGAACUGCACAUUUACAUUGUUGUGAGAGUAGAUACAGGAAACAUAACUAUGGUAUACAGUAUUGUUUUUGAUUUUCCACUUUCCGGGUAAUAACGAUAACAUCUUGUAUAAAAUCAGAACUGACAUUUACAAUGCUAACUCUAAAAUCAUUGUAGUUGUACAUGCACUUUUUCUAUUUUCUGUAAGUCAUAUAUUUUUUUUUGGAGAACACAAUUUCUCAUAUUUACAAGGACCAUUUAUUCUUUAAAUUUUUUAUCAACUUAAAGGAAAAAAAAUCUUGAUUCCACCCUGUUGGAGCUAGUUAACAAUGCUAAACAAAUAUGCUAUAUGAGGCAGAAGAUCAGUACCAUUUUACACUGCAUGAACUGUUUGUAAGAUAAUGUCAUCCUUACUGUCAUCUUUUAUUUAUGUAGAUUCUGUAUGUUUGUAAUGCUGCUUGUUUCUUGAAUUUCCCUUGGGGAUCAGUAAAAUACUGUUAUUUACACAUUGCCAUGACACUCAGUGCCUUUAAUAAUGUGGAUCUUUUAUUACAACAGUUGUAAGUUUUUUUUUGGUGAUAGUUUUCUUGUGAUGUCAGUCAGUUGGGUCAAUGUUUGCUAGAGUACAUUUUCACAAAAUUAUAUUACUAUUAUAGCUAGGGUAGGUGGUCUGGUUGGUGUCUUUGGGCAAAAUCUACCAUAAUAAGUGUGCUGUUUUUGUUUGAUUGUUUUUGCCUUUUUUAGAUUCUUGCCUACUGUAAUGAAAUUCUUUUAUCAGUCUGCUACAUUAUACCAGUCAAUCUCCAAGACGCCAGAAUGAUCCUCAGUGAUAAAUCUCUUUAAAUGAUCAGUGCUUUCACAAAAUGCCAAACUAGUAGAACUUGAAAAUUGUAAAUGUUUAGCAGUUUCUGUUUUAACUUUUUACAAAUGAAUAGCGGGUAGAUAGAAGGUGGUGGUUGAACGUCAAAUGGGACCUGUUAUAUAAUGUAAUAAAAGCAUUUUUUUCCAUAACUUGAAUGUUUGUGAUAUGUGCCAUAACAGCUUAUGUCAACAUGUUUUCCUUGUAUGCAGUUUGAAAAUAAAUAUGAAGACACCUUA